AUGGAUCGUAAUAAUACAAUUUUUGCGAGAAACGAUAAGAUUGGCGAUUGGAACUCCGGUGUUAGUUCGACCACAGACAUCCUGAUGACCGGGCCCCUGACACUGUCUUUGAAGAGACCGCUCUUCGGACGAAGAUAUGGAGCCCCGCCGGCGAAGCGAGCGGCGCCCGCCAUCAGACUAGACGCCGGUUUCAAAUGGAAUCUCCAGGCCCUGGCGAACGCGGCAGACGCCGUUGAGUCUGGCGGCAAGUCGCCCGUCUCCGCCCUCAACGAGCUGGGCGUCAGGGUCAGCUACGCGGUGCUGCAGCAGGGCGGCCCCGCACAUUGCCCCAGUUUCACCGUCGCCGUGACGGUGGCCGACAUGACGUUCGAGGGUUGGGGCCACAGCAAGCGGGAGGCGAGGGCGGCCGCGGCGCGCACCUGUCUCAGCGCGUUGCUGGCGCGAGCUGGUCGUCUACUCCCGGCGCCGCCCAGGCACCAGGACUUCACCAGCGACGAGCCGCCGCGGAAACGAGUGUCCGAGUUCCAGUGCCUGGAGAUGAAGACGAAGCAGCCGGGCACGGAGGAGAUGAGUGUCGAUGUGGCGCCAGCCGCGGCGGCGGCCUUGCCGGCGACGAGCCUGUCGCCCGGCUCGGUGCUGUUCGGCGCGCCCCCGCAGGCGGCGCCCCUCAAGAGCCCCAUCAACACGCUCUACGAGAACUACCCGGGGCUGAGCUUCGUCUGCACCUACGGGGACGGCUCGCCCCUGGACUCGAUGCACGCACCGCUGCAGCUCAGCCACAGCAUGCGGUUCAAGGUCGUCUGCCAGAUCAAAGACCAGCGCUUCGAGGGAUACGGGUCCAGCAAGAAGCUGGCGAAGCUGGCGGCAGCCCGCGCCGCCCUGGGCGAGCUGGGCGAGACCCGCCUCGCCCCCCCCAAGGCGGCCCCCUCCACCCAGCCCCUGCCACAGCUGCUGGCGGACCACGUCGCGAGGCUGAUCAACGAGAAGUUCACGGAGCUGAUGCGCGGCGACCUAGUCCACUCAAAGCGGAAGGUCCUGGCCGGCAUCGUGAUCACCGUCAACUACAGCGUGGACAGCGCGAGGGUGAUAGCGGUGACCACCGGCACCAAGUGUGUCUCCGGCGAGCACAUGUCAGUGACGGGGAUGGCCCUCAACGACUGCCACGCGGAGGUCGCGGCACGCCGAUGCCUGCAGAGGUUCCUGUACGCUCAGCUGCUGAUGUAUGCGACAUCAUCAGACCCCCGCCGCCCGCUGCCGGAUUCGGACCUGGAGCCCCUCCCCGGCGGCGGCUUCCAGCUGCGCCCCGACCGGCAGCUGCACCUGUACGUGAGCACGGCGCCCUGCGGCGACGGCAGGAUCUUCAGCCCCCACGAGCACACCGAGGCGGAGCCCGACAAGCACCCCAACAGCCCCCACGAGCAUACCGAGGCGGAGCCCGACAAGCACCCCAACAGCCCCCACGAGCAUACCGAGGCGGAGCCCGACAAGCACCCCAACAGCCCCCACGAGCAUACCGAGGCGGAGCCCGACAAGCACCCCAACAGCCCCCACGAGCAUACCGAGGCGGAGCCCGACAAGCACCCCAACAGCCCCCACGAGCAUACCGAGGCGGAGCCCGACAAGCACCCCAACAGCCCCCACGAGCAUACCGAGGCGGAGCCCGACAAGCACCCCAACAGCCCCCACGAGCAUACCGAGGCGGAGCCCGACAAGCACCCCAACAGCCCCCACGAGCAUACCGAGGCGGAGCCCGACAAGCACCCCAACAGCCCCCACGAGCAUACCGAGGCGGAGCCCGACAAGCACCCCAACAGCCCCCACGAGCAUACCGAGGCGGAGCCCGACAAGCACCCCAACAGCCCCCACGAGCAUACCGAGGCGGAGCCCGACAAGCACCCCAACAGCCCCCACGAGCAUACCGAGGCGGAGCCCGACAAGCACCCCAACAGACUCGCCCGCGGCCAGCUGCGAACGAAGAUAGAGUCCGGCGAGGGAACGAUACCGGUGAAGAACUGCAACAACUUCGUGCAGACCUGGGACGGGGUCUUGCAGGGCGAGCGGCUGCUGACGAUGUCCUGCUCAGACAAGGCCGCGCGCUGGUGCGUGGUGGGGCUGCAGGGGGCGCUGCUGGGGCGGCUGAUGCGGCCGGUCUACCUCCACUCGCUGGUGCUGGGCUCGCUGCUGCAUCCGCAGCACAUGUACAGA